AUGGGUCUCUCUAUCUCAAAACUCCUCAACGGCCUCUUCGGCAAGAAGGAGAUGCGAAUUCUUAUGGUUGGUCUCGAUGCUGCCGGUAAAACCACCAUCUUAUAUAAACUCAAACUUGGUUUCAACGUCGAGACUGUAGAAUACAAGAACAUCUCAUUCACUGUAUGGGAUGUUGGAGGACAAGACAAGAUCAGACCUUUGUGGAGACAUUACUUCCAAAACACCCAAGGUAUCAUCUUCGUAGUAGACUCCAACGAUCGAGAGCGUAUCACCGAGGCCCGAGAGGAAUUACAACGGAUGCUCAGUGAGGAUGAGUUGAGAGACGCUUUGCUCCUCGUCUUCGCCAACAAACAAGAUCUUCCCAACGCCAUGAACGCUGCUGAGAUCACCGACAAACUUGGUCUCCACUCUCUCCGACAACGAUCAUGGUACAUCCAAGCGGCUUGUGCUACCUCUGGUGAUGGUCUCUACGAGGGUCUUGAAUGGCUCUCCACCAACCUCAAGAGAAAGACCUAA